GGCGGCGAGAGGAAGUGGCGGCGGCGGCGGCCGGGGGCGGCGAGUGCUGGGUUCGCGCGGGCGGUAGGCAACGGCUAAGGCAGCGGUGGCGUGGGCUGGGCUCUAGCGGGCGGCGGCAUCUCAGACUCCCGGGAGCGGGAGCCCACGCGGGCGGGCGCCUGAAACAAAGGAAAGCCAGAGUCAGGGCGCCGCGGGUGGGCGGUCAGUCGGUCAGCGUGAAGCCGGCCAGCGGGUGCCGCGCAAGCCCGGAGCCCGGUCGGCCGGCGCUGCCUCAGGGCGGGAAGAUGCCGCGCGUCGUGCCCGACCAGAGAAGCAAGUUCGAGAACGAGGAGUUCUUCAGGAAGCUGAGCCGCGAAUGCGAGAUUAAGUACACGGGCUUCAGGGACCGGCCCCACGAGGAGCGCCAGGCGCGCUUCCAGAACGCCUGCCGCGACGGCCGCUCGGAAAUCGCUUUUGUGGCCACAGGAACCAAUCUGUCUCUCCAGUUUUUUCCGGCCAGCUGGCAGGGAGAGCAACGACAGACACCUAGCCGGGAGUAUGUCGACUUAGAAAGAGAAGCAGGCAAGGUGUAUUUGAAGGCUCCCAUGAUUCUGAAUGGAGUCUGUGUUAUCUGGAAAGGCUGGAUUGACCUCCAGAGACUGGAUGGUAUGGGCUGCUUGGAGUUUGAUGAGGAGCGAGCCCAGCAGGAGGAUGCAUUAGCACAACAGGCCUUUGAAGAGGCUCGGAGAAGGACACGUGAAUUUGAAGACAGAGACAGGUCUCAUCGGGAGGAAAUGGAGGUGAGAGGUUCACAGCUGCUGGCAGUAACUGGCAAGAAGACAACAAGACCCUAGUCCUGGUUCCAGUUUAGGUGGUGGUGAUGACCUCAAACUUCGUUAAUUAGCAGCACAGCAGAUGUGCCCCCCCAUCUUUACAUAUACAUUGUGUCUAGUUGGCAGAAAUAAUCAUUAUUAAAAGACCAGAAACUGUGAUAACUGGAGGUACUGCAGUCUAUUUCUCAACCUUCGGCAGUAACAAGACAUCACAAACUGCCAUGGUUUUGCACUAUGAUUAUAGAAUACCUGCAUUUCUAAUUUUGUAUGCAUGUAGCCAGUAAUUUGAAUUUUUUCCUAUGCAAGCUUACUUUGUUGGCAUUAUUUUAGUGAGUUGAAACUAUCCACUUGUAAAACUCUUUUUUCCCUCCAUUUUAAUUUAAAAGAUUCUGUCAUUUAAAAACAAGUUAAAUUUAAAUUUUUAUCAGAGGGUUUCCCCCAAUCAGUUGUUCUAAUUAUUUUUGGAAUUUUAGAUGUGUUGGUUACACAACUUCAUUUUAAAUAGACACUCUUGGUUAUUUGUUUUGUUUCUGUGUUUUUAUAGUUUGUGGCAUUUUAAAACUGCUGAUGUGUUUGCAUUAUUUUAAACAAGCUAAAAACCUAGUAGCAUAGAGCUGUCUGCCACAGCCUUUUAACACAAAGUUUACAGUUGUUAAAGUUGCAGUAUCCUUUUAAAUGUUGAUAAUCAGCUUUUUCUUUUCUCCUUAAACAUCAAAUUUUUUAAUUGGUAUUAACUCUAAUCUUCCCCAAAUCUGUUUUACAUUUGUUCUGUAAUGUGUUUGUGUGGAGAUAUUCUCCACAGAUGGUAAUAAUAUUCCACUGAAAUGCCUAAAGAAGUCGCAGGCUGGCUUCUGUUUUAUUCAGGGACUUUUUUUUUUUUUAAGUCAAUCAGAAAAGGGAUACUGGAGCUUCUUCAUGUAUGUAACAACAUAUUAAACUGGAGACAGUGAUGAAUCAGCUACCAAGGUAAUAUUGUAUUAAAAUCAUGUUUAAGAUAGCUGCUUUUAUGUGUAUUUCAUAAUGCAUGCUUUUGUAAAAACAAUGCUGGGUGAUGAAAAAUUAGUCUUAGAGAGAAAAUGUUCAUCUGUGCAGAGGAUACAUUUUCUUCAUUUAUUAUGGAAAAAACUCACAGGUUAUAUAUAUGGUAUUUUCCAAAAGGACUAUAAUAGAACCUUUUGAGAUGAAUUAGUAUAAGAAUAUUUUUUAAAUAGGCUCACUGUCAAAUUGGAUGCAACUUUGUUUUUAAUACAAGACUGGAAAAAAGUGCUAAGUCAUUCGGUACCUCCUUACAAAUAUUUUUCAUGUCACAUUCAUUAAAUGUUACUGCAUUUCUGAA